GUUUGUAAACAUACCAUAGAAAGAAAUUUAAUGAAAAUUUGUUUGGUUUUCCGUUUACAAAUUUUAUAAAUAAGUACUAUAAGUUAAACAGUUAAGAGUAUGAUUUAGCUACGCUGGUAGUGAUGAACGAUCAACAUGGAUAUGGAGCUUGAAUCAAAAACACAUAUAUGUCGUUUGUGCCUUCGGGAAUACACCAUAACUGAGAUGUUGGAUAUCUUUGCGAAAGAACACGAACUGGAUCAGACUAUAUAUGAAGCUGUCUCUAUCAGGAUCGCACGAUCCGAUGUCAUAACAGUUUUAUGCAACAAUUGCCUAAACGUUAUUCAGAUCAUCAACAGCUUCAAAGAAGCCUGCCGAAAGAGCAACGAUAUUUUAAAACAUGGCGGACCGAUCACACUAGAAUCAAAUGCGUGGUCGAAUUUGAAUGAUUCUAAUGUUUUUCACCAGACUGCAGAAUUAAUCGAGACGCAUCAACAGGAUGUGGAUAUUAUGUAUAGGAACUACAAAAGUCUGAAAAGGUCGGAAUGCGCGGCUCUUGAAUCUGAUUAUAUUGUAGAAUUGAUCAAACAGGAAGAUCAUACCGGAGAUGAUGAAGUUGAUCAAGACAAGACUGAUGAUUUUGAUGUUAGCACUCCUAGUCCCGAAACCACAACUGUGAUCCAAGAUUUAGACAAUAAACGGACAAAGGAAGAAUCCGCAUCAGACGGUGAAACAUCCAGCAGACGGGGCAGAAAGAAUCCGGAAAACCGCAAGGACAAGGUUGUUUGCCCAACAUGUGGCGAACUGGUUUCUCAACAAGGAUUGGAGGGCCACCUCAAUCGCCACUUGGGUGUUCAACCGUUUCCAUGCGAUGUGGAAGGUUGCGAAGCGAAGCUCUUCUCAAAGUUUGCCCUGCAGCAACAUCGCAGUAGGCACAAAUCGUCCAAUCGAUACUUCGAUUGUAAGGUGUGCGGGAAGCGAAUCAAAGGCAGCGCCUACUGGUUGCUGCACAAGAAGAUACACGAGGAAGAGCCCCGAUUCGGAUGCGACAUUUGCGGGAAGAAGUUCCGAAGGAAAUGCAAGCUGAAAGUUCAUUCAACCGUACACUCGGGAAUAGCGGAGUAUCCAUGUGAAAUCUGUGGGAAAUUCUUCACCGUCAAGCAUAAUCUUACAGCGCACUACAAACUUCACGUGAAGAACGGCACCUGUCCGGCUGGGUUCGAGCCACAGGCAUCCAGAGAUGUGAAUACGUGAGAAGAUCUGAUUUUUGGUUGGACGCGUUACUGUACCUAUUAUGUUUGUAAUAAACAUUUUUAUCAAUUCA